AUGGCUACAGAAGACGAACGGUACCGGCAAUCAAGCCAGUUUCGACUAUGGUCGUUCUCACCAGCUACCUUGCUGGAGCUACGGGAGAAGACGAAUUCAUUAGCGAAACAGCAAAUCACUCCUCGCAUAGAUCCUGUUCCCGAGUUCCUUACCUCUGAUGAAGAAGCCCAACUGGUCAAAUUUUUUACUAUUGAACUUAUUCGAGCGGCGCAAUUCUGCGAACUGCCCACCGAGAUUCGAUCGACCGCAGCCAUGUUUCUGCGACGAUUUUACAUUACAAACUCUGUCAUGACCUACCCACCGACCGAACUAUUGAAAACUUCUUUAUUCUUCGGUUGUAAAGCAGAGGGCUUCUAUAUUCGGCUAGCAAAAUUGGCUGAAAAGUUUCCUAACACGACAAGCGAUCAGAUCCUAGCUGGGGAAUAUUUACUAUGUCAAGGAAUCCGGUUCGCGUUCGAUGUGCGGCACCCUUUUCGAGCCCUUGAAGGCGCUAUAUUACAACUUAGAAUACGUCUACCGGAAGAGGAAACGAGAAUAAAUAACGCGCACGCGCGGGCUAGGGAGACCCUCAAGUUCAGCGCGCUCGUUACGGAUGUGUAUUUCCACUUCACGCCUAGCCAAAUCAUGCUGGCUUCGCUGCUCAUGGUGGAUCCAGGGCUUGUCGAUAUUCUGUGCCCCAGACCAGCAGAGGGCGGCGACUCGGACGGGGACAAGGCCGGCGGCAUGCGCACUGAUGUCUAUGACAAGAUCAUGACUACCAUUGAGAGCUGCCGAGCCAUGCUCGAGGACGAGCCUCCAGAGAGAAUGACGGAAUACUGGGGCACUCCGGAGAUUGUCAAGUCGAUGAAACCACUGCGAAAGAAGCUGCAACGAUGUCGAGAUCCAGACAGAGCUGACCUUGUAGCCUUGCAACGGGCGCGACGAGAACAAGCUGUGGCGAAGCCGAAGAAACCGAAUACUACGAAUGAUGGCGCCGUUUUCGGCGAUGCCGAGUCUAGAGAUCCAAAGCGCCGGAAAGUUGAUAAUGCAGAUGACAUGUUUGGCCCUGCGUUGGGGCAAUAA